UUCAAGUCCCGGAAUUCUGGAGAGAAAAUAUUAAUGGCGGCUAAAAAUUGACCUACUUUUGCAAAAUUAACGCAUGCGUAGUCGACUUGAUCAGUAUUUUGACGUUUCCGGUGAAAACAAAGAUGCAGAAAGAAGAAGAACAGCAGAGAAUAGCGCUGGACAACCUGAUUCAACGUGUCACAGAGUUGAAGAACUCUGUGGGUGCUCUCAUAUUUAAGCUGGAACAUGAAUAUGAGACAUUGAAAUGGCCGUCAGUGUUGGACAACUACUCGCUGCUGUCGAGUCAACUCCAGUCUCUGGGCAAGCUUCUCAAGGGGGACAAGAUGCCGCAGCUGAAGAAUAAAAUCCUCCUCCCCAUUUUCAUAUCUCCUGAGCCAGAUGAAAGCCUUGCUAAACUGACAGAAAAUCGUGUAAUGAUGUUCAACCAUGAGGUUGCGCCCAGCUUCUUGCGUACCAAGCCCCCGCCAGAUGUGGAGGAGAAGACUGGACUGCUCACGGGCAAGGCCCAGCAGCUGCCCCAGGAUCAGACACAGAAACAGCUGAACAAUCUGAACAAGGUGACCAGCAACCUGCUAGACAUUAUCAACUCAACCAGAGAUGACUGGGACAAUGACCCCAACCUGAAGGCCAAUCAGUCCCAGACUACAUCAAUGGCAGAUACUAAUGCCCUGAUUGGUUCCAUGGUGAAUGGCAAACUGUUCCAGAGUUCCCGCCCCGGCCGCCUUCCUGAGUCCCCUCAACCGGGCAUGGCACAGAAUAACAGACAGAGCACAGCCAUGACAAAGGCUCCAAGUGCUAUUAAAACUACUAUCAAAACAUCGGUGAAUGCUCACCCAUACCAAAGAAAUUGAUCUGUUCCACUGUUGGACAUUGCUAGUAAAUGGUGCAUCUGACGUUCACUUGUGUUAUCAUCUCCACAUGUAUACAGUAUUAUGUGUGUCGCAAUGAAGCAAUGAAAGCAAAUAAUGCGGUCAAGUUUCGUAGCAUUACAGGUGGCAACAGUUAAAUUGGGAUAUAUUUUGUAGAUUUUUGUAUGAUAGCAAGGAAAACUACAGUUGCAGAUUUGUAGUACUGUUAAUACACUCUUGUUCGAUGUUUAUCAAAAUAAACAGUGUAAUUAUAGUAAGUUUUAAUUCAGAGCAGGAAUUUCUUGUUAUGAGUGAAUUUUACAUACUAAGUAUAGCAAAUAGUUGGUUAUGUAUUUAACAUGAAAUCAUUUGUGAGUGGAAUGAAGUACAUAAAUACCUACCUUACA